CCGAUCUCUUUCACCCUCUUUGUUCUACACCUGUUCUUCGCACUCGGACAGGCACAGGACGUCGUCAGAACAACCGUAAUCGUAGUCACCGUCGCCUCCACUGCAACUCCAACCGUACCGCAGCCUGCCUCUUAUACGUCGCUGGAUGUCUUUAAGGACGAUGUCCUCUCCGCUAGUAACGCCUACCGGGGCGCCCACAACGCAACGCAUCUGGUCUGGAACGAAACGCUGACAGCAUAUGCUCGCGACUGGGCAGAGAAAUGCAAAUGGAAACACUCACACGGUCCGUACGGCGAGAACCUCGCCUUCGGAUAUCCCAACGCAUCGGCCGCGAUCGCCGCCUGGGGCGACGAGGUGCGACACUACGACUUCCAGAAACCGACCGGGUUCACCGAAGAGACCGGUCACUUUACGCAGCUGGUCUGGAAGGCGACGAGGCAGGUCGGAUGUGCGGCGGUGGAUUGCGGAUACAGCGAGGACGGCGAGGCAAAGGAUGCCUCGGGGCGAUACCGAGAGGCACAGGGUUGGUAUGUCGUGUGCGAGUAUAUGCCUCCCGGGAAUGUCAUGAACGCUCCGGAGGCCUCGGGGGGCCAGAAUGGCCUGUUCAUGGUCAAUGUGCAGCCGUCCAGCACGUACUCGGGUCCAUCAACGACGGAGUCACCCUCAGAUCGUCCGGCUACGACCACGGCCACGACCAGCGGUGCA